AUGAGUUGGGAUCAGCCCGUCCACAGCUUCAGCUAUCCGAACGGUGAACCUCAAACCCCCACCAGGACUCCUCCGGUCUUUGGCGACACGGCGUUCCAGACCCCCAAACUUGAGUCCAGCUUUUUUGACCCCCGGGUCACCUGGGACACCUCCGAUCCGUAUGCCUCGAGCCCGGAAUUCCUCCGCACCCCCCACAAAUUCGCCCUGAGCACCCCUUCAAUCAACCACCCGCGGUUGCCCGAGACGGGCGCAGAUCGGUCGGGCGGCCACAGUGUAAGGGCAUUGGAACACCAGACCGAUACGGCCAGACGUGUGCGCCCUGCAAACCCACGGGGCCCUCCGGAGGAAGAUGCUCCCCAGACCGUGGCGUCUGCCAAAUCCGCGGCCUCGAUGCAGACCCCUCCGCCCAGCAGCGCUUCGAAGAGAAAGGUGACGGGCCUGGGGAACGUGGAAAAUACAAAUCGACGCCCGUCCGCCUCCAGUGUGGUGGAUGGGAGCCAUCUGGAGACUCCUAGUCGCUUGAUGGGGGCCUCUCCCCGCCUGUUUGGCGAUCUCCAGGCGUCCUCGGAUCCCUUCCAUCUCGGGACCAUGGACCCCUCGGCCUCUCCUUUCUUCCCCCAGCAACGGCUGUUCUGGGAUCAUGAUUUCGAGCAGCCGGGAAGCCAUUUCGGGUUGCCCGACCACCAUUCCAGUGUGUUCGAUGCCCACCCCGCGGGCACGUUACCAGUCAACGCCCAUGCCAUGCACGACUCUCAGAUCCCACAGUUGCCCGAUAUCGGGACGACCAUGGAGCUGCCCGAUUUCCAAGGCGGCCUCUACGGAAUCUCGUCCGCCCCAGCGACCGAUGCGGCGCUCUUCCCGGCACCCUUUUCGACCUCCCCUCGAGUCCCGGUGACCAAAGCGGAGGACCCAGCUAUGUUCCUGAGCUCUCCUGCCCGGCGGUUUGGGGGCCCCCAGCCCACUCCCGAGAAGCGACUCUUUUCCCGACCUCCCAUCCGUCAACCGUACCACCACCAAACCGAGGAGUCGAAGCGAGAGGAGCUUCGCCGCGUUCAGAACGCCCACCAUAGUCUGCUGGGGUUUGACGAGGAGGACGAGGAGGAUCACACCCCUCGACAACCUCAGCCCAUUCGCCCAGGACUCACUCGCAGCCUCACGCUCACGGCGGCCACGUCUCGGCGCCCGCUGUCCAGUGGCAUGAUGGCUUCGACCAACGGUAUCCGCAAGAGCCCGUCCAAGAAGGGCCGGUCUUCUCCAAUCAAGCCCGCAGGCCAGCCAUUAUCCAGGUCCAGCUCGACUGCCAGUGUUCCCACUCGCUCCCAGUCAGUCGUCCUCCGGAUCGGCAGAGACGGCCGAGCGAAGACGGAGAUGCAAACCGUGCCUGAGUCGUCGACCGGGUUGACGGACCCGGUCACGGGUAUGGACUUGGAUGGCUCAACGACCGAGAGCGAGUAUGAUUCGGCGGAGUAUCUCGACCGCUCGCUCUUUCCCAGCCGUAAUCCUUCCUUUGCCUUCUCUGACGCCGGUAGAUCUGUGCUCGCCCACAGUGACUGCGGGUCCCGGCCCCACUCUAAGGGGUCUUACACAUCUGCAGCGUCCUCCCAGUCGGGGCGGGUCUCUCCGUGGUCGAAUACGCGGGGACUGGCGAGACGGCCGACGUACCACUCCACCAUCGAGGAUUGGAAGAGAACGACGCCCAAGAGACAGGUUGUGAACUCGGACCUCUCCUACCGCAGUGCCAGUUCCGCCGUAAUGCCUCUGCCCGAAUCGGAGGAGGAUGACGGGGACGCGCAGCAUGCGCUUCGCAAGGUGGUGCGGCAGCGACGGCAAGUGUCCCGUCCACACACCGUCGGCUACGGGUCACGCACCCGGGCUCCCCCUUCGCUGGCACAUCUGCGUUCCUCGCCCCCACGAUUCGGGGCUGAGUUAGAUCUCAACGCCUGUCCUCCCAACGCCUCCUCCCCGACCACGAUGACCGACCCCGACCUGGCCACGCCAACCACCGACCGCUUCAGCAAUCCUAGCAGUGGAACCCGAUGCAUUUGUAAUUCCAUGGACAACGGCGGCCACCUCAUGAUCCAGUGCGAAUCAUGCAGUCACUGGCUCCACACCAAAUGCGUCGGCCUCGAGCGGUCGAAUCUCCCGUCUUCCUACGUCUGCGUGUUUUGUGCGCAGACCCCAACCCGCCGGAAUCGCAUCCGUGUACCCGUUGGUCCGGUUGGCCAUGCGCCUACCUCGCCUUUGGCUCACAAAUCCUUUCGAUUCCGAUGA